AUGGCUCCUCCACAGGGGCAGGCCUCAUAUAAGAAACAGCCCGGGAUCCUGUCAAUCUCCAAGGACAGGAAGUCGGUGUCAUGGACUCCAGCUCAGCCGCCAGACGCGGCUCCGACCUUGGUGCUCUCUGCGGCCAACAUCACCAACCUCCAACAGACCCCUGAGACGAACCCCAAGGUGAUGCUGAAGAUAUUCGCACAGGAUCCCGGACAGUCGGAACCAGUCGCCCAUGUCUUCACGUUCACGUCUUCCAAAGAUCCACGGGGCGAGGCCAACGGUAUCAAGGAAGCUCUGGCAAACGUCAUUCAGGCGCAAAAGGCGGCGCAAAAUGUGGCCGCAACCUCCUCGUCAGGCCAGUCCGCCGCCAUGACAAUGGCUAAUGCUAUUUCCGGCGCUGGUCGAACCAGCAAUAUUUGGGAAGAUGACGAACGACUCAAGUCCGACGCCAAGCUGCAGCACUCCCUGAUGCAAGAAGACCCAGCGUUGCAAAAGACUUUCAAGGAAGCGCUCAGUCUCAAGCCCGACUCCAUAUCUGAGGCACAGUUCAGAGCCCAGUUCUGGUCCUCCCGGGUACAUCUCCUUCGGGCCCACGCGCUCUCCAAGAGCCAAGGAAGAGGCAGCUACAACGUCUUGGCCGGGAUCAAAAAAGAUGACGGUGGCCGGAUGAGUCUGAGGCAAGACCAGAUCCGCGCCAUUUUCGAACAAUACCCCGUCAUGCGCAUCGUUUACGACGAACUGGUGCCGCGCAAAAUUCCCGACGACAAAGAUUUCUGGUCGAGAUUUUUCCAAAGCCAGCUGCUCAUGAAACUGCGUGGGCUCAAAUUCGAUCCCAUGCGGGAAUCCCGAGAUCAAUACAUCGAUGUCGACCACUACCUGUUCCACCCCCUGGUCACAGGUCUGCGGCCUACUGCCACAGAAAUGCACAUUCCCAAGUUUAUCGAUCUGGAGGGAAACGUUGAGAAUCACUUCGGCUAUGGCAAUCGGCCGGACAGCGAGCUGCGGCCUACGACGCUAGACAAGGCGCCUAUCAUUCGCAAGCUCAACGCGAUCAGCGAGAAACUGAUGGCGGCUGUCAAGCCCUCUGAUGUCGAUGCAUCGGCGCCGAUUGGGAUGACCGAGGCCGCCUACGAGCAGCUGAAGCUUCACGACUUGGAAGGUACCCCGGAACCGCAUCACAUCAUCCUCAAUAUCCGCGACCAAAGUCGCUUUUUCUCCGACAGCCAGUCCGCUCAAGCGGGUGCGAACGCUGUAGCCGACAGCAACCCCUUCCGAAACCUCGAUCCCGCCAAGGCGAUCAAAGACGUGCAUGCUGAUCUUUCCGCACAUUUCGCUCAGCCGGGCGUCGGCGUCAUUCCGAUCGGUGACUUCGAAGAGGACGACGACGAAGAGAUGGAGGACGAGUCUUCACCGGGAGUGGAGAGUGGUUCCUCGAUUGCCAUGAAACAUGUCCUCUCCCUGAUCCGAGCCCACCGGGACCAGACAUCACCGAUUCCAGAGGCCUCUGGACUCAGCACGGCGAUCUACGACCGACUCAGCCUCACACACGCCACCACGGUGGAGUUCCUCCGGCAGUUCUGGAACGCGUUCCUGUCCGGCGACCCGUCGCGCGCGAACGAAGUGGCCAGCCUCGUCGAGAGCCUCCACCGGGCGCAGGAGCGGAUCAACGCCAUCGCCGACAACGCGGAAAAGGAAAGACAGGACAUCAUCCGGGCAAAGGAGAAGGAGGUGAACGAACGAAAUGAUGGCAGAGCAGGAAAACGACUCAAAUUUCACCCCAAUUCCGUCAAGGGUGGACGACACGUCGUCAGGCAGUUGCUCGGCCCCAUCACGAAGAGUCUGGAUGUGGCGAUGAGGAUGUACAAGCAGGCCUUGGAGGACCAGGCCAAGAAUUCUGGCGAGGGAUGA